AUGGCAACCAAAGUACAAGGUUUAGUUAAUUCUCUUUUAGUUCAAUCUUGUCCAAAACUGAAUGUUUUUGUAAAAUAUGCGUUGGUUGAAUUAACUACACUAUCACCUAAAGGUAUUCCAGCUAUUCGACAUGAUGUAAAGCCACAAAUGGGUAAAUCAAAUAUACCAGAUUUUAUAAAAAAUUUAGUUGAGAAAAGACCACGAGGUUCAAUAGCUGAAGAAAAUCCACUAUAUUGGACAAAUCAUUCACAAAAUGAAAUACGGAAACUUCUUAAAAACAAGUCGCUACCAAUAAGAGCAAAAAAUAUUAUAUUGUUUGUUGGUGAUGGAAUGUCUCUUCCAACUGUUACUGCUGCCAGAAUAUAUAAGGAACAAAAAAAUGGUAAAACCGGUGAAUCCAGUUCAUUAAGUUUUGAUAACUUUCAGCAUACCGGAAUCACUAAAACAUAUUGUGUUGAUUCUAUGGUAGCUGAUAGUGCUUGCACUGCUACUGCUUACUUAUGUGGGGUUAAAACAAAUUUUUUUGCAUUAGGCGUAAAUGGUAAAACAAAUAUCCUUAACUGUUCGUCUGCAAUGGAUCCUGCUAAUCAAGUUGAUUCUAUUGUAUCGUGGGCACAAGAAGCUGGAAAAUGUACUGGCAUCGUUACUACCACAACAGUGACACAUGCAUCUCCAGGUGGAGCAUAUGCAAAAAUUGCUAAUCGUUUUUAUGAAUCCGACUUAGAAGUUAAAUUAUUUGAAGAAGAUCCAAAAACUUGUCAAGAUAUUGCAAGCCAACUAAUAGAAAAUCAGCCAGGACGUGAUAUAAAUGUCAUAAUGGGAGGUGGACGCACAAAUUUUCUACCAAAUACUGAUAUUGAUUCAAUAAGUGGCAAACCUGGAAAACGUUUGGAUGGAAAAAAUUUGAUUGAAAAAUGGAAAAAAAAUAAUCCAAAUCAGGCAUAUGUUACGAAUAGAGACGAAUUACUAAAUAUUGACUUAAGAAAAACAUCGAAAAUUCUUGGACUUUUCCAACCACAACAUCUUGAUUUUAACUUAAACAGGGAUAAUAAAAUUCAACCAAGUCUAGAAGAGAUGACAGAAUCAGCUAUCAAACUUUUGAGUAAAAACCCAAAAGGAUAUUUUCUUUUUGUAGAAGGAGGUCGUAUUGAUCAUGCUCAUCAUUUAACGCAAACUCAUAUGGCUAUUGAUGAAACAAUACAAUUUGAAAAAGCAAUAAAAAAAGCUAGAGAUAUGACAAACCCUCUCAAUACUCUUAUUGUCGUUACAUCAGAUCACAGCCAUACCAUGUCUAUAUCUGGAUACCCAAAACGUAAUAAUGAUAUUUUAGGCGUAAAUGAAGGUGAUUUAGCCAGUGAUGGUGUUUCAUAUUUCAUUCUUAAUUAUGCUAAUGGCCCCGAAAAUUAUUUAAAUAAUGGAAAAAGAUAUAAUAUAUCUGAUGACCUGAUUAAAGAUCCUGGAUUUCUUUAUCCAAGUUAUGUACCAAUGGAAGCUGAAACACAUGGAGGAGAUGAUGUUGCUGUAUUUGCUGACGGACCAUACUCACAUUUUUUUUCCGGAGUUUACGAACAAAAUGAUAUUCCGCAUAAAUUAGCAUUUGCAUCAUGUAUUGGACGUGGUAUAACACAUUGUAGACGAUAUCCUUUAAAAUAA